AGAACGUCAAUGUCACCGAAGUUCUUUAAAAAGAAUCCAAUCCAAGUCGAAAAAUAUUGAUGAGCUAAUAUUGUAAACUAUGAGUUUGUUUUCCUAUUAGUUAACGAAAAUGGCUCAGGAAGAAGGCGGAGUAUUUUACAAUUUAGAGAAUCUUUUAAGACAAGAUUAUCGAGGAGUGAAUAUCGCUGUAUAUGCUCUCGCGACAGCUGGUUUGGCGGUAUCUAUACAUAAAAUUCGUCCGGUAAGUAAAUUCUCGAAAGCGAGUAAAGUUCCUGAUCACUUCAUAAAAAAGCAUGAACCUUUGAAAGGGGAGUAUGUUGGCGUUCAACAUUCCCCUGUCAGGCUUCUAGUUAAUCACAAAGCACCUGUAUAUCUUCCACUAUGGCAUUCCAGUAAACCUCCACUCCCAGUAAAGUUAUGGGGAGUGGAUAUAGUGAGUGGCAAUGCAGUUAACUGGUUGGACUGUGUUGCUAAAGGGCGGCAAGUAACCUUAAAACCAAUUUCCAGAGAGAAGGAAGAGCUUGUGUCUACUGUUUUAUUGCAUUUACCACAACCUAAGACUAAAAAAGUUGAAACAUUGGAUAUUGGUCAAAAAUUAGUAGAGCUUGGUUUUGCAACGGCCUCUGUGCCACCAGGUAUCAAGAAAAAAUCUAUUGAAUCACAACUGGCACCUGUAUUAUUAUCAGCAGAGGCACGUGCAAAGUCAUUCCGAAAUGGAAUUUGGUCAGAAAAGCUUCCACCAAUUCCUAUUUAUGUCACAUACUGGAGGAAGGGAAGUCAACUAACAGCUGAUCUUACUAUAUUAGCGUCGAAAAAGUUCCUACAACUAUUAACUUUUCUAUCUAAAAGUGCCUUAGUUGGAGUAAAAAAAAUAUUUCUUUUUCCGUUCAAAUCUCCAAAACCAGUACAGGCGACAUGAACUUUUACAGACAUAGAGAUACUUAUUUACUUAUAUUCUAGGAUAGCAUCAAAUUCAUUAAAAAGUUUUUGGUAGUUUUCUUAAUGCGCUUGUUGAAAAAAGUGUUCUUUUAUAUAAAUUAUCUGUUGGAAAAUAAAAAUGUUUAAAAAAUUGUGUUUUUAUUGAAUUAAA